UAAUUAGAUACUUUUAUACUUCUGAAUACAUAUGUAAGCUUAAUGGUAUUGGUAGUGUACUUAGAUUGUGUACAUGUAAUUUUGGAACAUGUAAUCGUGUGUGGUUGUGACGAACCCCUCUGUAGUCGGUUCUGUUUAUUGUUUUGGGGGGAUUAAAGAUAUGAUAAUGUAAGACAGUUUCUUAUAUCUCUUUUAGUUACCUAUAUAUAUUUUUUUAUAGAUGUGGACGUAUAAAAUGUAACAUUUUCAGGUUCAUUUCAUGCAUACUCGUCCAUUGAGAUAAAUUGUCUUCCAGGAACUUCUUCAUCGUGACUACUGCAGCUGUGAAUUAUCUACAAGAUCAGUAACUGUUAUGGAUAAUCCUUGUGCCUUUGAGAAGUCACUGGCAAAGGGAGUUCAUGAAAAUAUAGAUAACCAUGAAUCUAGCAGUGCAGUCAGCAGUUCAGUUAUGAAGUUUAUGCUCCUGUCUGGUUUCUUCAUACUUCAAAACUCUCAGCAGGCAUUAGCCGGUUCAGAUGUUGCUACUGGGUUGCAGUCAGUCCCUGUUCUGGGAGACCUUGGUGAUAUUAGCACAGGUUUUGCGUCAGCGUUUUUGCUAAUCUUUUUCUCAGAACUAGGGGACAAGACUUUUUUCAUUGCAGCUCUUCUAGCAGCUAGGAACUCUGCUGCUAUUGUUUUUGCUGGAACUUUUGGUGCACUUGCGGCAAUGACCAUCAUAUCUGUUGUUCUUGGACGAACUUUUCACUAUGUUGAUGAGGUUCUUCCAUUCAGGCUUGGUGGUAGUGAUUUACCAGUUGAUGAUAUUGCAGCUGUCUGUCUUUUGGUGUAUUUUGGAGUUACGACUUUGCUUGAUGCCAGCUCAAGCGAUGGACUAAAGGCAGAAGAUGAGCAGAAGGAGGCAGAGUUGGCUGUCUCAAAGUUCUCAGGAAAUGGUGCUGGGAUAUUAGCUGCUGCCAGUACUGUCGUCAGCACCUUUGCAUUAGUAUUUGUUGCUGAGUGGGGCGACAAGUCAUUUUUCUCUACAAUUGCCCUUGCUGCUGCUUCUUCACCCCUCGGAGUCAUUGGAGGUGCACUAGCUGGUCAUGGUGUUGCAACAUUGCUUGCAGUUCUAGGAGGUUCUUUGCUAGGGACAUUUUUAUCAGAGAAGAUUAUUGCAUAUGUUGGAGGUGUUCUUUUUCUCGUCUUCGCUGCCGUAACUUUAGUCGAGAUAGUAAACUAGAAACUGUAAUAUUUGGAACUCUUUUCUUGACAUGAUUUGUGAAUUAACUUGUUUUCUUUGUGGAAUAAAGAUAUAUAUCUUAGCAAAGAUUUAUGGGUUA